GAAGCCUUCCAGCGGCCUUGUAGACGGAUCCUCCUGGCACGGCGGCGCCGCCGUGCGUGGAGCUGGCAGAGGGAAGUGGACGCUGCAGAAAUUUCGAGAAGCUCCCCAACAUCGAGAAUGCUGCGCUGAGGCUUUCGCUCGGGGCCACGGCUGCUUGCGCUUGCCCAGCACGUCUGCGGGCGUCCGUUUCGUCGAAGGCGAACCCGUGACGCCGCCCAUUGGGCCAAAGGGCUCGGGACGCGGC